AUGGCCAAGCAGAUGAAUAAUCUACAAAGCCUAGUGGAGACGCAUAAAGCCCAAAUUGAAAGAGGGCAAAAGACACAGAAGGAUGUUAAUGCCCUCCAAGCUGAAAGGUUUAACACCAUUUGGGAUGACUCCCCAUGCCACCCAAUAAUGCUUAGAACAAUGAAAUACCACUUGAAAACAAUGUACAACGAAACCAUGGUCCACAAGUUGUCGUUGAACAACCUCCGUGAUGCCUGUUCCCUCAUCUACAAGCGGUGGCUAGCCCUAGAGCGCUCAGCCACACCACGCUCCGAAAACGGGCAGUCUUCAAAUUCCAACAAUGACUCAUCUUUCGUUUGCGAGAUAUGCGCGGAACCCAAGUCUGGAAGUGAGUCGUUUAGCAUCAAGGGUUGUAGCCAUUCUUACUGUUCCAGGUGCAUGGUCAGGUACGUUGCUUCAAAGCUUCAAGAUAACAUUACGAGAAUCGAUUGCCCUGUUUCUGGUUGUAACGGGUCAUUGGAGCCCGAGUACUGUCAUUCGAUACUUCUCCCAGAGGUGUUUGACAGGUGGGGCACGACGUUGUCUGAGGCUCUGAUUCUUGGGACUGAAAAGUUUUACUGUGCGUACAAGAAUUGCUCAGUGAUGUUGAUCGAUGAUGGAAAAGAGGUGAUAAUGAACUCGGAGUGCCCAAGUUGCUAUAGAAUGUUUUGCGCGCAGUGUAAGGUUCCUUGGCAUGAAGGGAUUGAGUGUGUGGAGUUUCAGAAGUUGAAUAAGGACGAGAGAGAGAAGGAAGAUAUUAUGUUGAAGAACCUUGCUCAGAAUAAGCAGUGGAAAAGGUGUCCAACCUGCAAAUACUAUGUUGAAAGAUCAUCCAGUUGCUUGUUCAUACAAUGCAGGGGUUUACGUGCCAUUGGGAAUGGAUGUAAGAAGCUAAAAGAUCUCACUCUAAGUGACUGCUAUUUCCUAAGUGACAAGGGUUUGGAAGCUAUUGCCACUGGUUGCAAGCAACUUACUCAUCUUACAGUUAAUGGUUGCCACAAUAUUGGUACUCUGGGACUAGAAUUCAUUGAGAAAUCCUCCUUAUGUUGA